AUGAGCUCGGAUCACGCGCCUGGUGCGGCGUACGCGGCCGGCGUCACUGUGGAGGUGGAAGGCCCACCUAAGCGGCCAAACCAGACCGAGCGUCUUCUCUGCAGCCUACGUGUCCGGGGCGACUUGUCCCCACUUCUCUUUGUCGGCUCGUCGGAUGGAAACUUACGCAGUUACGUAUCUGACGGCCGUGCGGGCGUUCUACGUUGGCAGGCGGACAACAAGCGGCUGUUCCACGCAUGCUGUGUCUUUCUAGACCACUGGGGAGUCUUCAUCACGUUGACCGACAACCGCUUGAAGCUCGUAGACCUGCCACUACAGAGUGACCCGCAGUUACUCGACAGGGAGGACACCAAAGGUGCCAUACUCUUCGCCACCCACGAGGAGGCCAAAACACUGUGCGUUCUACUCAAGACCAACACUCUGAAAGUCUUUGACUGGAGCGUGAAUCGAAUUUUGGAGCCGCGUGCACAGCACGAAUUGCCGCCGUCUCUAGCGCCUGUGCAGCAGCUCGUGAUGCUCAGCGAGAGUCACGUGUUCAUUCAGGGCAAGAAACAAUGGGCUGUGCUCAGUCUGGACAGUGGCCGGACGCUAAACGUCUCUCCAGAUGUGACGCAGCAGAUAACUGAAGCUCUGGAAGGUUCCAUCGGGGUGUGCGACGCUCUGGCACUGCCCAGUCGCUUCCUGGCGCGUCGACGACAGCACGUACUGGACUUGUUACUCUGUGGUAAACACCACGCAGUCAUCUUAACAAUUAACGAAGAGAACGACGUGGUCGAAGACGAUGAGGACGAGUAUGGUGCGUUUGAAGACAGAAAACUAGAUGAGAGCGAGGGAAAAGCACUCGACGUGUCGGCUAGUCAAUUGUGCGUGAAGGUGGAGAGGAAAAUCGCCUACAAUGCGCCUCCACGUGGCGCGUAUCACCAUCAUCCGCUGCUGCUACUAGACCAGACGGAGCAGAUCGCAGUAUAUAACUUCGGAUCUCUACAACUGAUGCAGACAAUACCGGUCAAAGCUCCUUACGGCGUCUGUGCUGCUAUCAACGUAGCGUCGGCAACUCUGGUAGAUGCGUACGCAAACAUUCGAGACGACCGGCCUGCGACUCUCUUUACUGUGUCGCCACCGUUUAAUGUCCAGACGCAUCAGAUGCUGCCGAUUGCACAGCAAGUCGCCGCGUCCAUGGGGAAUCGGCGUCUAGAGGAUGCCGUCGCACUCUGCAAGCUUUGCCCCGAGGAGAGUCCGCUGAGUGACGCUGAUCAACGAAAACUGUACGCGGAUUACGGCUUCGACCUGUUCCGAUCGGGAAGGCGACAGGACGCCAUGAAUUUCUUGUUCGAGAGCGAGAUCGACGUGAUGGAAGUGUUGUUGUUAUUCCCGCGUAACCUCCUGCCUCGCAAGACCAGCGCACUACGCAAAGACAACAACAAUAACAAGAACCGAACUCUGGAAGGUGAAGAGUUGGUGGAGAGUCUGCUCGCUCUUACCGGGUUCCUGCGUCGUAAGCGCAAUGCUUAUUUGCAUCACGAAAGCGAGUCGAUGUUGGGUCUUCGUGUCAGCAGCUUUGGUCCCAAUGAAGAGAGUGCACUGGAGCUGAUUGAUACCAUGCUGGUCAAGUGUCUCGUUGUGGUGGCGGAGAAAGAAGAGUACCAAGAGCGAGCGAAGCGUACACUGCUCGAGGUGGUCACUGACCAGAAUUGGUGUGAGAUCGGCGAAGCGGAGGUUUUCCUGCGUGCUCAUGGACGUUUCAAGGCUCUUCUGGCGUUUUACUCUGCGCGGAAGCUGCACCGUAAGGCUCUUGAGUUGUUGGAAGACCUGGAACGUAGUGCAGCAUCAGCAGCUGCACUCUCGGACAAAAGUGAAGACACAGGAGAGCUACAAUCUUCACACGACUACAUGGUCCUUAUUGCACAGUAUCUUCGAGUGUUGGGUAGGAAACAUGCGGAGCUGGUGUUUGAAUUCUCGAGACGUGUAUUGUCGGUGAAUCCGGCUUUGGGGCUUACGAUCUUUACGCAGCGUGAAGUUUCUGACGCCAACAAAGAUAUCGACCCAUCUGCAGUGCUUCAGCAUUUAAAGAGUUGUUCGAUUGCCCCCAGCUCUGAUGGAACACAACUGGGAAGCGAAGGUGGUGCGGAGAAGCCGGCAUUGCCAUUGACCAGCAGCCAAAUGCUGGCGAUCGAGUAUCUUACACAAGUGAUCUAUGAAGGAACUUGUCAACUGACACCGCGACUGCAUGACGAAGUGGUGUAUCUGUUGCUGGAUUUGAUCCAAGCCCAAAGGCAACGUCUUACGAGUCGUGUGGAGUCCCAACGUGGCAUGACGGGGCUGUUACGGCGCAAACUACUCGAGUUCCUCGAGUUUCCUGGCGCUGUUUUCCACCCCGAGCGAAUGUUGAGUCGUACGCCUACUGAAAUGGUGGAUGAACAUGCAGCGCUACUAUCGAAGCUCGGACGUCACUUGGAAGUACUUCAGUUGUAUGCUCUGGAGUUGAAGGACGCUGCUCUGGCCGAGGCGUACUGCAACCGCUGCUACGAGUCCAAGACGGCGGAUUCCUCUAUCUAUUCGACGCUGUUGAAGAUCUACCUGCGUCCACAGUAUCACACACAAGCAGGCUCUGGCUCGCAGAGUGAAGCCGUGAACGCAGCCAUCAACGUGUUGAACAAGUAUGCGGAGCGUAUCGACGUAUCCACUGCGCUUGAACUCUUACCGGCCGAUGUCCCCGCGGCACCAUUGGCUGGUUUCUUCCGUCGUGUUCUAGAGCGCCAGGUCGAGCGGUUCCGCAACGGACAAGUGAAGAAACAAUUAUCAAAGAUGGAGAACUUCAAAGUUCGAGAACAGCUCUCUACAAAGCGAAAGGGAUCGGUCACAGUGUGGUCAUCCCAGAGCUGCCACUCGUGUGGCAAGAAGCUUGGCGUCGACACCUUUGUGCGGUUACCCACUGGAGCACUGCUACAUUACUCGUGUCAACCCGUUCCGUAG